AUGUCUAAAGACUUCUACAACCCUUCCAGUUCGGACGUACCGGAUGAGAAGACAUGGAUGUACGAGGAGGAGUUGCCCGGCGAAAGCCUCGAAACUGCGCGCGCUCUUCUGCGAGACUACAGCAAGAUUCCCGCCGAGGACGUGGACGAUCACAUCCGUCAUAUCAGGGAUGAGCUGUGGAAGGUCUUUCAUUACCCAUGCAUCGGGCGUUGGCGAUUCCUGCUGCUCGCCGACUCCCAAGACGCGCUGUACCGGAAAGUUCUGGGCCGAAUGACCGACGCCAACUCGGGCGACAAGCUUCUGGACCUGGGCGCCUGCGUCGGCCAGGCUCUCCGGCAACUCGCUCACGACGGGGUCGACAGCUCACGGCUCUACGGAGCAGACCUCCAGCAGAAGUUCCUCGACAUCGGCUACGACCUCUUUCGGGACCGGGACCGGUUCAACGCGACGCUGGUUGCCGGCAACGCCUUGGACCCGGCGGACCCGGGACUUGAGGUCCUCGACGGUCAAGUCAGCAUCGUGUGGGCCAACGCGUUCUUUCACCUCUUCGACUGGGAGCAGCAGGUGAGGGUGGCGGAACGCAUCGUCAAGUUCUUGAAGCCGGGGAUCCGUGACGGGCUUAUUUUCGGACGUCACCUUGGCAGUACUGAGCCGAAGGGGAGCGAGAACGAGGGACGCAAGAGGUAUCUGCACGACCAGUCCAGCUUCCAACGGCUCUGGGAUGAGGUCGGGGCGAAGACGGGAACGAGAUGGAGGGUCUGGAUGGAGCAUGUGGAAGUGGUGCAGUCGAUUCCUGGGUUUGGGGACAGCGCGAGAUAUAGUCAGUACGCGGUCUAUCAAGUUAAUGAAUGA